AUGGAGCGACUGCUACUUGCCUACAUUUUUCUAGCUGGAGAUUUUAAUUUAGUUUCCAGCCUUUUGCUACAAGAAGAUGCUCCUACACUCGGAUCAAAGAACGCACCGCGGCUUGUAACAAAAAACACAGUGAGGAGUAUAUUUGACAAUCAGGAGCUACAAAACUACACGGUGUUUUACUACAGACAAGAAAUGGAAGAAAUGUACAUUGGGGGAAUUGAUGCUGUAUUACGGAUAAAUACAACAAACUAUCAAGUCAUAGAGAAAUAUGACUUGAUAACGGCGGCACCGCUGGAAUGUCAGGAGGAUCCAUGUCAGAACGUGAUCACGGUGAUCGGAGAGCUUAACGACGAGAUGUUUGUGUGUGGGACAAAGGCUCGCAGACCUCAAUGCUGGACCCUGCAGUCGGGCGUGCAGAACUACUCCUCUGUGGGAUAUGAUGGAUCCGGCAUUUCUCCAGUGGAAUCCUCCCAAAACUCACUCUCUCUCGCCGUGGAGGGCGAUCUCUACGCCGCGGCGCCGCUGGACGCUGACGGGAGCUCUCUGCAGUUCAGGAGGAAAGCUGGCACAAGGACUCAAGUGUGGAUGCACAACAGCUGGGUCUCAGAGCCCACUUUCAUCGGAGCCUCGUGGGUGAAACGGGAGAAGGAUCCUGACAAUGAGAAGAUCUAUGUGUUUUUUCGGGAGAAGAACUCGGACCACAACCCUGAGGCGGAUCACUGGAUUUCGCGGGUUGCCCGGGUUUGCAAGGUGGACGAAGGAGGAUCCAAGCGCUUCUUCCAGAACAUGUGGACGUCUUUCAUCAAAGCUCGACUCGUGUGUGGUUUUCCCGGAGAGUCGCUGUAUUUCAACCGUCUGCAGGACAUUUACGUUCUCCACGAGGACAACUGGAACAACACAAAGGUCUACGCCAUCUUCACGAGCAGCUGGAACGCCACCGCUGUCUGCAUCUACACCAUUGGAACCAUCGAAAAUGUUUAUGAGAAUUCCAGCUUCAAGGGAUACGACCGAGAGAUUCCGUCUCCAAGACCAGGAACUUGUGUACGAAACAGCAAGAGUCUCCCUCUGGCAACGGUGAAUGUGGUGAAGGACUAUCCAGAGAUGUCCGACUGGGUCCACUCUGUCCACUAUGAAGCGCCAUUUUACGUUAGCGACUACAACUACACAAAGAUCGCCGUGGAUCAGGUCCGAGGGGCCGACAACACCGUGUACAAUGUUCUCCUUCUGGCCACUGACUCGGGAAAGAUCCAUAAAGUCCUGGAGGCGGGACCUAAGCCGGUGGUCGUCUCGGAAACGCAGCUGCCAAGUCGCUCGCCGGUCCUGUCAAUCAAACUGGACUCCAAAAAGAGGAGACUGGUGGUGGGAUUCUGGGACCUGGUUGUGACCGUGGACCUGCAGAAGUGUGACCACAGCUCUUCAUGUGAGGACUGUGUUCUGGCCCAGGAUCCGUACUGCGCCUGGUCUCCGGCGGAGGCCCAGUGCACCGCCUCUGCUCCCGGUGGCAUCCAGAAUGUAGUGACAGGAGCUCCCAGCGUGUGUCCCACUCCAGUCGUUCAGCCUCGGAGUAAACGAGAGGCUCAGACUUUGCUGUCAGUUCACGCGGUUCCUUUGGACGUUCCCUUCUACCUCUCCUGCCCCAUAGACUCCUACCACGCAGACUACAGCUGGGAGCACAGGGACCAGCACAGGGACCUCCACAGGGACCAGCACAGGGACCAGUCCAGGGACCUCCACAGGGACCUCCACAGGGACCUCCACAGGGACGAGCCCAGGGACCUCCACAGGGACCAGCACAGAGACCUCCACAGGGACCAGCACAGGGAUGAGCCCAGGGACCUCCACAGGGACCAGCACAGAGACCUCCACAGGGACCAGCCCAGGGUCCUCCACAGGGACCAGCAUAGAGACCAGCACAGCCCCUGUCUUCAGAUGGGGUCGGACUGCCUCCUCCUGAUCCCCUCCAUGGGAUCCGAACACUACGGGAAGUACCAGUGCGUGUCUCGAGAACAGGGCUACGCCAAAGUAGUGAAACAGUAUCUUCUCAAAGUCCAGGAUGUAACCAGAGCCGAGACCAAAGUGGAUCCACACGGUCUGAAUAAUGCAGUGUCACCGGUGUCACAAGGACUGUGGCUCACGCUGGGACUGGUCUUAGCCACGGCGUAA